CAAAGCAUACAUGCCAUAGUGCCAUAUUUAUUACAUUAAAUAUGGCCAACGGUUGUUACUCUUUUCACGUUUUAACGUUAUUGUUAUUAUAAAUCAUAAAAAUAUGUAUCUUCAAAAAUAGUGCAAUUAUUUUUUAUGUUAAAUAGCCAAUUAUCGGAAAGCAAACAGAAAUGGCUCCAAAAAAGAAAACUAGUGCGUUUUUAGUAUUCAUGGCAGAAACUCAACAAUCAUUAUUAAAUCAAGGGAUUAAAGUAAACAUGGCUAAUAUGUCGAAGUAUUGUAAAACAGAUUGGGAAAAAAUGCCUGAUCAGAUGAAAGAAAAGUAUAAAAUAAAAGCUAAAAAUAUGAAAGGUAAUGAAAAAGCAGCCAAAUUUACUUCAAUUGGUGAAAAGGUAGAAGAUAUUCAAAAACAAUCAGUUGAUAGUAAAUUACAAGCAAAUGCUAUGUAUGAAUAUAUAAAAGAAUUGCUUGAUAUGCAACCAUCUAGUUAUUAUCUUCCUAAGCAAAAAUUCAUUUUGAUUCAUAUAAACCCUUAUACAUGCGAGAAAGAAGGAUUUUAUUUUCCUGCUGAGAUAUCUAUGGCCGAGUUUUCUUUAGAAAAAGGCUUAAUACGAUUUUUUCAUAAAUUAAUUGGAUUUGAUCAAAUCAGAACAAGUGCUCCGAAAGCCUCAACAGGAGAUAUAAAUAGUCAUGCUGCUAAUAAUCAUAUGAUAAACGUAUUCUCAAUAUUACCAAAUAAUUACACAGAAAUAUUAUUAAAAAUUAUUGGUUUUAUCAUGAACAAAGAAGUUGAUGAAGCUGUGCUAAAUGACACAACAUUAGACAUGCCACCAGUCUAUACUGCACACACGUCUAUUGGAAAUGAAUUAAUGAUUACUAGUAUUAGUUUGUAUAAAUUGUUUGAAAGUGCAGUAAUGGAUGCUGAAAGACAUGAUUUCAAUAAUAUUAUUAGAGUUUACCAUUUGGAUAAACUAUUUAUGGAACUAAAAAAUAGAUGUCAUCAAAUUAGACAUCCAGAAACAGAUGAUCUAGCUAUACCUUCUGUUGCAAUGGCUACUGAUUAUUUAUCAAAAGAUGUGUUUAGUACAAUAAAAUCAAUUGGUUGUAAUUAUCAUGAAAAACUGGAAAACUCUCAUGCUUGUAGUAACUUUUUUGUGUGCAAGUGGAUACACAUUUUAUCAGCUCAUUGUUGUCGCUAUUUUAACAUAAAAUUUGAAUCUGGUUGCCAUUAUAAUUUUGAUAUAUCAGAAAUAAAAAAUCCAACCGAAGAAAACUUUGAUAAGUUUAAUAUUUCAAAAUUUUCUGAUUUGUACAUUGAUAUAGAAACAGAUAAACCGAAAACUUUAGCAACUAAUAGUUUUCCAACACUUAAAGGUACUUCAACUACUGUUAAUCAAAAACCGGUAUGGAAUAAACCAGAAUGUAAAGUAAAUACAAAUAGUAAAACUAUAACAAAGGAAGUAAACAACUUUCCUCCACUUGGUGAUUCGAAAACUAUUCAAAAAAAUACCCCUUCAACUGAAACUAAUAGCUGGAGUAAGAAUGCUGGUCGUGGCAGAGGUGUUAUUAGCCAAGUUCAAAGUAAUAGUCAAAACCAAUUAAAUGAAAACUCAAAGCAACUAAACAAAGGAAGAGGAUUUUUUGUUGAUAAAAAUAAAUAGUGAGUACACAGUGUACACACGUUCCACGUUGUCCGUACUCCAUAUUUUAUCAGCUGGUGUCGCAUCGCAUCACAGGAGCGGU